CUCAUCGCACUCACAAGGAACGAAUCCAAGGCGUAGACGGCCCAGAGCAGAACCGCUGUCGGCUGGAGACGGGACUGCCUGUCUCCACUGCGCGUCAUAGACCCCUCAUGUCUUCGUAUACGACGACGCUCCCUACGCUCUCGUCCGAGGUGAUCCUUCGCAUCCUGCUCCACCUCGACGAUGCGCGCGAUGUGACGAGGGUACGACAGACAUGCCGUCGCUUGUGGGCGAUCGGAGGUGAUGGCACGCUUUGGAAGUCGCUCUUCGUUCGCACCUUUCUCUCGCCACCGCCGAAGAGGGAAGGGACGGCAUCCCGCAAACGGCCUGCCGAGUUCAUCGAUGACACGAGGCCCUCAAAGGUAGCUCGGACGGGUAGCGACAGGCCACGUUCGAUCGCGUCGCUGCCGAUGAUGCAGCGAGCGCCUCUCGAGAUGCUGGGAGUGCGACAGGGGGACGAGGAAGAGGACAAGACCAUCGACUGGCUUUCCCUCUUUCGCAUUACUUCCAACUGGCACGGCGGCCAAUUUGUUCCGAGGAGCCUCCAUCCUCCAACGACUUCCGAGAAGCAGUCACCGCAACGUGCCUCGUCGAGCCGCCAGACGCCAUUAGUAACGGCACGAUCGGCGGCGCGGAUUCCCAGUCGCCCAAGAACGCUCGUUGACUCCUCUUCGCGCUUUAUCUUCACGACUGCUGGCUCCCGUGAUGGAAACGAAGACGAGGAAGACGGCUGUCCCAGCGUGCUCGUGUUCAGCGUUGAGAAUGAUGUCACAGAUAGCAGAGAGCCUCAGCGGCAAGAAGCACUGGCCAGCUUUCGCUCGCCCUCGCUGGCGAGACGACUUUCACUUUCGAAGAAGCGGGCGGAUGGCAUUGUUGUCACGGCCAUUGCUGUAGAUCGGGCAGCAGUGUCUAACUCCUCAGUGCGACUCGUCGUUACGUACUCAACUGGGCAAGCGUCUCUGGUUCGCUUCCAGUCCCAGUCGAGAAUAUCUUUCGUCGAAGAAGCCUUUUUUGACGUCUCGAGAAUCGGAGCCGGCGCCCCGGACGAGAUCGUGUCGGCUUCCUUCCAUUGGCCACUGCUGGUCACAUGCACUGCUAAGUUUCUCGUUCGUAUCUGGUCGUUCAGGAGCAGUAGUCACGAUCACGUCGAUGUCUCGCGAUGCGAGGAGAUGACAACAUACUCUUGCCACUGGCCCGCCUCGUUUCGUCUGGAACCAGUCGCGACACCCUCAGAUGCCACUGCCAAGGCCAGCUAUCGACUGAGCAUCGCCUUUUCCACACCAGUCUAUCCGAUCGGAUGGAGCGUGGGCUUUCAAGAGGUACUUCUCAGACCUUCGUCUUCCUCGUCUGGCCACUAUUUCACCUCGAGUCGAUCCGCCAUGGCCAAACGCCCACACGUGGUCACGCGCAUUGAUUCGCCGUCAAAAGUCAGAGACCCGCGGGGCAGCAAGUCGCUCCCGAUGCCUCGGGCCCGCCGCAUCGAUUCAGAGCAGCUGGGCCGCCCGACGGGUCUCAGCUACGAGGCGCCCUUCGUGGUCGUGGGCAGCAGCGACAACGGCAUCUCCGUCUUUCGCGUAGUCGACGACGACUCCAAGCUUACGGUCGAGCACCUCACGUCGCUCCAGGGUCACACUGGAAAGGUAUACUCGGUCAGCCUCAACGAAGGCCGCUGUGUGACGGGAGGAAGCGACGGGAGCGUAAGAGUGUGGAAGCUGGGCGAUGAGCAAGCGGCCCUAGCUGAUGCUGCCGGGAUCAGCAUCGACGCCAGCUGGAGACCAGGCAUGGGAAGUCUCGUCACGCUUCGGUCUCCCGGUCUGCGCUCCCUCGGCACCACCUCUUCCUCGACUCCUGCGUCUACCUCUUCGUCUCCACUUCCUCACCACAGAGCCAAAACGCUCGCCGACAUCCUCAGCGAAAUUCGCUCCUCUGCUCACUCCGACAGCGGUAGAUCUGGUCCCGACAGACAAGCCAUCAUCCGAUGGGUUGCCAGCGCCUUUGAUAGAAUCGUCAGCGUCACCUCUGCCCGCACUCUACCUUCGUCUUCUACAUCUCCCGCGUCAUGCCGCGGCGAAUCGCACGAGGCGGACGAGGAGCAAGUUCAGGUCUGGAGCUUUUCUCAAUGAGGGCAUUUCUUUGAGGGCAUUUCCCUUCCUUUUCUCUCAUCAAUUGUAUUUUUACAUGCCAACUUGCGGGAAUAGUC